GAGCCUGGCGUUGAGCGAGGCGGCCGGAGCCAGUCGUCGUCUGGCGGUGGGUGUGAUUGCAGGCGAACGUGGGACGGUGCCAGAGUCAGGGACAGGGAUCACAUCUUCGCCAUGGGGCCGGACGUCGGCAAAUACGUCGAGCAGGUGCUCGGCAUGUUCUACAUCAGGAACGUGACGGCGUCGUUCGUCCCGCCGAUGAAGGAGCCGCCGAAUUACAUCGAGCAAGCGCUGCCCUGGUUCUUCGUUUUCAUCGCCAUUGAGGCGGUGCUAAUUCGUCUGAAGGGGCGCAAGUGGGACCUCGCGGACGCUUCAGUGUCUACGUCUCAAGGCUUGGCGCAAGAGGUCGUCCGUUACACCCUCCGCGGCUGCGAGGGCUGGGCCUACGUCUACAUUUGGCAGCACUAUCGCUGGUUCGACGUGCCCUGGGACUCGCCCGUCAGCUUCUGGUUCACCAUGCUCGCUGUCGACCUUGGCUACUACUGGUUCCACCGGGCUUCGCACGAAGUGAAUCUGGUGUGGGCAUCUCACCAGGUGCACCACAGCUCUGAAUACUACAACUUGGCGACGGCGCUGCGGCAGUCAGUCGUGCAGCAAUAUUUCAGCUGGUGUGUUUACCUUCCGCUAGCCUUCCUUGGCGUUGCACCUUCCAUGUUCUUCACGCACUCCCAGUUCAACUUGGUGUACCAGUUCUGGAUCCACACCGAGGUAGUCAAGAGCCUGGGACCGCUGGAGCACGUGCUCAACACGCCCUCCCACCACCGCGUGCACCACGGCUCCAACGUCAAGUACCUGGACAAGAACUACGCCGGCGUGCUUAUCAUCUGGGACCGGCUGUUCGGCACCUUCUGCUGGGAGGAGGAGACGCCCACCUACGGGCUCGUGCACAACAUCGAGUCGUACAACCUGUGGACCAUCCAGCUGGCGCACUUCCGCUGGAUCGCGUCCGACGUGCCUCAGCAGGUGGGCUGGCGGAACAAGCUGCGCCGUCUGGUGUGCGGCCCCGGCUGGGUGCCCGGCACCGGCCGUCUGGGCGACCCGAGCACGUUCCCAGAGCCGGACCCGGCGCGGCGCCGGUUCGACACGGGCCGGCCGCUGUGGCUGCAGCUGUACGCCACGCUGCACCUGCUGCUGCUGCUGGCGCCGUCGGUGACGUUCGCGCAGCAGCACCUGGCGCUGCCGCCGCUGGGCGUGCUGCUGUACAGCGGCCAGCUGCUGCUGGCGCUCAGCUGCGUCGGCUGGCUGCUGGACGGCGCCGGCUGGGCGCCGCUGGCCGAGCUGGUGCGCUGCGCGCUGGCGCUGGUCAGCCUGGCCUGGGUGGGCGGCCAGUACCCGGCGGCGGCCGUCACCGCCGGCAGAGCCGUGCUCGCCGGAUCCAUGCUGCUCUGGCUCGGAGCCGUCUCACUCGGCGACGGAAAGGCCAAGGCCAAGGCGCAGUAGCAGAACGACUCGCUACCCGCUAUUGCAAGGGAGAGAAGAGACAAAUACAAGACUGCCGCCGAGCCAGAGACCAAACAUGGAUAUUUGUUUAUAUAGCCUUAUGACGCGUUCCUGUGAAGUAAAUGCCUGUCCGCUUAUCUGAAAUCUUCGACGUGUCUUGACGAGAGAAAUACGAUGCUGGGAAAAUCAAUGUCGUACAAGUUUCCUUCUAAAAUAAAAGUUACUACGGAAGAUAAAAUUUUCACGGCA